UCUGGCAAGAUCUAUAGAAAUUCAUAUGCAUUGGAUGAUCCAAUGGGAGCAACUGCAUACAGUGAAGACUUCUGCUGGAAGCCUGUGUCAAAGACUGCCUGGUCUGCCACAGCAUCAGGAAACAGAAGGAACAACCCACACCCAAGCCAGGCAUUCAUGGUGUGGAGACAUAAUGCAGAUCAAAUUAAACACUUUGAUGGUAGUUCCUCUCUUCAACUUUCUUUGACUGAGAAGGAAAUCCAAAAGGCUCUGAGUGCCCAGUACAGGUCAACCUACCAGACUGACUUUAUUGGAUUACCCCAAGGGAUUAUGAAGAACCAUGCAAUCUUUGCUCCUUUUAACCACAGUCAUGCUGUCCACUACUAUACCCAGACUGAAAUGAGAGACAACUACCGCCCACCUCAAUCAAAACUUGAGCUUCUGGGGAACAACUCUCGCUAUGGGUGCAAUAAGCUGCAUGGUAUAGCAGCAAGGGGUAUUGUCCCAACAGUGAUUCACAGCCACAUCAAUAAUCAGGAAAACAGCAAACUGCAGACCACCUACAAUAAGCAUUUUGGAAGCAGACAUACAGAUGUCUCCUCAGUGCUCAACUCAAUCCCACCACAGACGUUUCUACAGAUUUGUAAGAAAUUAUCUGAUAAAGAAAAGAAGGAUUUGAAGACAUUGCACAUAAGCAGCUCCUCUUCUCAUAGAUGUAAGGUGAAGAAUACUGGUGUAUUCAUGCAAGCUCCUUCCACACUGGAGAGGAUGUCUGCCUGGCCUGGGCCUUUAUAAACAUGGCAUUUUGAAUCAUGAAAAGUUAUAUGAAUAUUUGUGCAGUCUUUUUUAGGG